UUAGGAUUCCAAAUACAAAGCUAUGGCUUUUUUGAAUUGGUCCCCGAUUGCCUUUUCUGCCCCCUUUCGAAUUACCCCCGCACACACCCGCCCAUCCUCAUCACCGUUAUCAACAACGACUAAACAAUUUUUGAAUCCCAAUUGACAAUUGUAAAAUAAUCCUAGUUUUAGAAAACAAGUAAGGGUUUCUACUUUCUAAUUUCAAACCCCCUUUAAAAAAGUAAAAGAAAAAAAAAUCGCAUCCUUCAAUGUUGGCCCCUCUUUCCCUUUUCGGAUUUCCCCAACCCCCCACACCCACCAUCCAUCAUGAUUAUCAUGAACAAGUAACGAUUUUUCAGCCCAUCACCCUCCAAAAUCCCAAAAAUGUUCCUAAACAAAUUGAUUAGGGUUCCAGUUUAGGAAAAUUGGGGAAAAAAAAAGAAUUAGGGUUUUUUCUGUUCUUAGCCCAAAACCACCUGAAAUACCGUAACAACCACCAAGUGUCAAUUUGGAGGCUGUGGAAAUGGCGACGAGGGGCACGAGAUCCGAGAAGGUUCGGAGAAUUUUCCAGCAAUUCGACGCGAACAGCGACGGUGGUCUCAAUAGGGAGGAAAUGGCUUCGCUUGUUGUGGCAGUGAACCCUAGGGUGAAGUUCAGCGACGAACAGAUCAACGCCAUUCUCGACGAGGUUUUCCGAACCUAUGGCGAUUUCAUUGACGGAGAUAAGGGGCUCACCUACGAGGGCCUCCUCCGAACCUACGACGACGGUGCCGGCGACGUGGAUAGGGACUUCGACGCACUCGGCCUCGAGCUCAACCUCGAGGAGGCUGCGGCCGCCGCUAAGGGCUCCUCGGCGGCGGCGGCGUCCGAGGCCUCGUCUUCGUCCAUUGUAGACGAGAGGAUGGCGGUGGAGACGCAGAAGAAGCAACGGACGGCGGCUUGGGCCGUGUCGCCAAACCACGGGAUUGUGUUCGACGACACUUGGAAGAUUGUGGACGAUUUGGAGAUUCUAAUUAAGAGGCUGAGGACGAAGCAGGCAAAAGAUGGAAAAUUGAAAGGGGAGAAUUUUGAUGCGUAUUCAGAUGCCGGUUGGUCCCGGGAAUUGGGGCCUUCCGCAGAGAUUUCGGAGAAAAGGGUGUUUUGGGAAGAAUCAGGACAUGAUUAUGCUGUGUUUUUGAAGGAAUUAGGGGGUUUGAGGGGUAGGGCAGAUGCUGCUAGGUCAAGGGAAGAGGCAUUUGAUGGACACAUGGCGAUUGGGCGAGUUUUGUAUGAGCAUCAGUUGUUCAAGGAGGCUUUGGUGAGUUUCAAGAGGGCUUGUGAGUUGCAGCCUGUUGAUGUGAGGCCACAUUUUAGGGCUGGGAAUUGUUUGUAUGUUCUUGGCAGGUACAGGGAGGCCAAGGAGGAGUACCUGUUGGCUUUGGAGGCAGCUGAGGCAGGCGGGAAUCAGUGGGCCUAUUUGCUACCGCAGAUUUAUGUCAACCUUGGGAUUGCGCUGGAAGGUGAAGGUAUGGUCUUGAGUGCCUGUGAAUAUUAUAGGGAGGCUGCAAUUCUUUGUCCCACUCAUUUUAGAGCAUUGAAGCUACUAGGUAGUGCACUUUUCGGUGUAGGGGAGUAUAGGGCUGCUGUGAAGGCGUUGGAGGAAGCAAUUUUCAUGAAGCCUGAUUAUGCUGAUGCGCAUUGUGACUUGGCUUCGGCUUUGCAUGCCAUGAAUGACGAUGAGAGGGCAAUUGAGGUGUUUCAGAAAGCUAUUGAUUUGAAGCCUGGUCAUGUAGAUGCUCUAUACAAUUUGGGUGGGCUUUAUAUGGAUCUUGGUAGGUUCCAGAGGGCUUCAGAGAUGUACACUCGGGUUUUAGCCGUUUGGCCAAAUCAUUGGCGAGCACAGCUGAAUAAGGCGGUGUCAUUGCUGGGAGCUGGGGAGAAUGAAGAAGCCAAGAAAUCUUUGAAGGAAGCGCUGAAAAUGACGAAUAGGGUUGAGUUGCACGAUGCAAUAGCACAUCUGAAGCAGCUGCAGAAAAAGAAGACAAAAAGUAAUGGAGGUUCUUCUGGGGAAUCAACGUAUCUUGAAGUUGAACCAUCCAAGUUCAAGGUUGUUGGAGACAAGACUACUGUGAGGCAGGAAUUAGCAACUGCCUUGCAAAUCAGAGCACUUCAGAGGGUUUCUAGGUUAAAUCGUUGCAGUGUGGAGCUUUUGAAGAAGGAAAUGAGUGAACAUGAUGUGCCAGUGUCGUAUUCGGGAAGUGGUGUUCCAGAAAAGUCCAUUCGGAAGCCAAACUUGGAAGAAAUUCUUCACAGAUUACUUAAUUUUUUAAAGCCCGAGACUUUUCAAGGAGCAGUAAAAGCCAUAAAUGAGAGGAUACUUUCUGUUUUGGAUGAAAGUGGCUCAGGCAGAGUGGAUCUGGGAAUGUUUUUUGCCAUUCUAGCUCCUAUUUGUGGCGGUCCUCCGGAAAGACGCAAAAGGGUUGCCUUUGAUGCUCUUGUUUGGCGUCCCAUGAAUGAAGACGGUGCUAGCGUUAGGAAAGUUGAUGCUACAACAUAUAUCAAGUUGUUAAGGGCUAUUUAUGUUCCUUCACAAGGGGUUAGUGAAUUAAUGGAAGUUCAUGGAGAAUCGGAUACUUCAAUGGUGUCUUUCUCCGAGUUUCUUGUUAUGUUUGAUGAUCCAGAUUGGGGGUUUGGCAUCAUGCCUACUCUGGUGAAGCUUGAAGCAGGGGAUAGAAAUCGACAUGGCAACAGCGUGUGUGCUGUUUGUCGCUACCCAAUUAUCGGUUCCCGGUUCAAGGAGAUAAAAUCUCAUUUUAGUUUGUGUAACCAAUGCUACAGUCAGGGAAAGGUUCCUUCCACGUUUAAGCAGGAAGAGUACAGAUUCAAAGAGUAUGCAAGUGAAUCUGAAGCUAUGAAAGAUAAGUGUAUGUGCUUUAAUUUGCAACCCCGUACUGACCAGUAGAUAGAUGAAUUCAAUUUUUUGUCUCCUGAUGUUUAUUUUUUUCAUGGUUCUGCCGCCGUGUAUUAUCCGUCUUGUUAAUUCUAGCUUUUUCAGUGUGGAAUAUCUUAGCUCAUGUGUAUAAUAAUUGUUUCAGGUUGUGCUUUAGUAACUGUUUAUAUUGUAAAACAUUUAACUGAACUUCGAAAAUUUGCAUUGAUCAUGUUUCUAUGUUCA